AUGACGGCAGAGGCUGCGACGAAGCCUAAGACUCCGUGCACCGUGUCUCCAGAGACCACAGAAGACGGCUACGUUCGCCUGCACAUCACUCCGUUUGACGCCGACCUGCUGAAGAUCGUCGUGCCAGCUACCGCUCUCCCCAACGCCCGCAACAUUUCCUAUCAUUCGAUCGAAACAUUUCCCGAAAGGCGAUUUGGCUUUGUUGAGCUGCCGCAGAUGGACGCCGACAAGAUCAAGAAGAAGCUGAAUGGCAUGGUACUGAAGGGCAGCAAGAUGCGCGUCGAAAAGGCCCGUCCUGAAAAGCGCAUCGAGCCCGACCCGGCGGAUGACGCUGAUAAGGCUGGGAAAAAGUCAAAGGUACAGAAGGACAGCGAUGAUGCGGCGCGACCGAAGAAGCGCAAGCGCGAAAUGGGUGUCAUUGACGGCGUCAUGCUUGACGACCGCAAAGUCAAGCGUGGGUGGACGGAGCCCGCCGACUAUAAAAACAAGAAGAAGAGCAAGGACAGCUCCAAAGAAACCAAGAGCACCGAAAAAGACGGCAAGCGAAAGCAAUCGAGAUCAAAGUAUAUCGAAAAGGAGGAGUGUCUUCUCAAGACAAGAAUGCCCCCCAACGAGAUGCGAAAUCUUCCCGAAGAAGAUGCCAGCAUCAGCAAGAAGAAAAAGAAGGGUUCUUCCAGACAAGUUACGGUUCAUGAAUUCGAAAAGACUACAAAAUACAUGAGCUUCCUCCGGUCGGCUGCUCCCGAGACUGAGGGCAAACCUGCGACAGAAUUUAUCGAGGGCAAAGGUUGGGUAGACGAAGAUGGAAAUGUGGUGCAAGUUGUUAAGGCCAAGGAAGUGCCAAAGCCACAGCCCAAAAAGGCAAAGAAAAAGCAAGUGGCGUCUCCGGAGCCCGAGUCUGAAGAUGAGAGCUCUAGUGAGAGCGACACUUCCUCGGACGAUACUUCGUCCGAGGAGGAAUCUGAGGACGAGCCAUCGGAGGAAACAGAGAGGCCAAAGUCGAAAAAGGUGGCCGUUGAUGCCAGUGACGGAAGCUCUGAAAGCGAUGCCUCUGAUUCGGGCAGCGAUAGCUCCGAGACGGAAACCCAUGCGCCAGAGACGGCAAAACACGCCGCCUCCAAGCCCCUGGUGAUUGACAUUCCACCCCCUCCCAUUACACCCAAAGCUGUACAUCCCCUGGAAGCGCUUUAUAAGCGUCCCAAGCCCGAUGAAAACGGGACCACGACUCCCGGCGCAGACAAGGGUGGCUUUAGCUUCUUUGGCGGAGACGACAACGAGGAAGCGGAAGAAGAGGACACUGUCGACAGUGGGAUGCCUUCUGUGCCCAUGACGCCCUACACGAAGCAAGAUUUCGAAUGGCGCAACAUCCGUAGCGCUGCACCGACCCCCGACACGGUUCAUCCCGCGCGCAUGCGCAGCUUCUUCCCUCCGAUGGACGAGGACGCAGAAAUGGCCGAGGCCGAGGAGGAAGAAGAAGAGGACGACGACGACAACGACGAGGGCGCGGACGACGGUGCUGGUGCUCCUGACGGGCAGGCAACGAGCGACUUUCAACAGUGGUUCUGGGAGAAUAGACGCGACCUCAACCGGUCUUGGAUGACGCGGCGAAAGACGGCGGCAAAGGAAAAGCGGCACCGUGAUAACAAGGCACGGGCUUCGAAAGCAGUAUAG